GGAGACGUAACAGCUCCGAGCUGAACUGUGACGAGAGAUUCGCGACGACCUCCCAAAUGGGGAAACCCCGAGCUAAUCCAAACCCCCGCCGAUCUGAAUUCCCCAAAUCCCGCAACCGGAGCCCUAAUCCCUUCCAAAUCCCAUCUCCGAUCCAAUGCCUCCCACCGGCGACGACCCGUCGGCCGCCGCCGGCAUCUCCUUCCCCGACGCGGACGGCGGCGGCGGCGGCGAUUCUGAAGACGGCGACUUCGCCGACGCUCACCUCCUCGACCCUACCGAUCCGAGCCUCCACAACCCCACCACCUCCUCCGCCACCGGCCUGCCACACGCGGUCCCGGCGGGCGGGAGCGGCGGCGGCCCGGUCACCUCCGGCAACGGCGGGGAGCGGCGGCCCCUGUUCCAGCGGCUCUGGACCGAGGAGGACGAGAUCGUGAUCCUCCGCGGCUUCGCCGAGUUCACCGCCGCGCGCGGCACGGCGUUCGCGUCGCACCAGUACGACACCGACCCCUUCUACGAGGACAUGCGCCGCCGCCUGCAGCUCGAUUUCUCCAAGAGCCAGCUCGUCGAGAAGCUCCGCCGCCUCAAGCGCAAGUACCGCAAUUGCGUCUCCCGGCUCCGCGAGUCCGGCGCCACCUUCUCCUUCCGCUCGCCGCACGAGCAGGCCAUCUUUGAGAUCGCGCGCAACAUCUGGCGCCCCACAAAUAAACACGGCCGCGAUCCCUCGGCUGACUCUGACGAUGAAGACGCCGCCGCGAAUACCAGCCCCAAUGGGGAAGUCAAGUCGCCGUCGGGGCGACAGCGACGCCGCAGGCGCGCGACGGAUUUCGCGGCAGCCGCUGGCACUGCCCCUGCCACCAGCAUGGUGCAGCCCCCUCAGCCAGUGCAAUUGCCUGUGUCAGUGCCUGUCAAGAUGGAAGACUCCCUCCCAGCACUGCCCCAGACACAAAUGCCUGUGACAGUGACCAUGGAUGGCUCAGAGCCUCUCAGGUUGCCAGUCAUGUCACCUCAAUCAGGUGUUUCGGAUGCUGAGAAGAGUUGCCUGACUCCACUACUUAAGGAGAUGAUACGUGCAGUGAUAAAUGUCGGAACUAACCCCUUCGGCACAAAACUGCCGGAGCCGCCACUUGGGUUGCCCAUGGAAGGGGAGAAAUGGAGGAAGCAGCGGAUUUUGGAGUUGGAGGUGUACUUGAAGAGGAUCGAGCUGCUGCAGGAUCAGGCAAAGGCAACACUGGAGGAGCUCAAGUCCUCAACCCCUGGGACUUGAUCCAUGAUAAGAUGAGAGCUCUUUCGUUUUAGGAUUCUUGUUAUGAUUCUUAGUGUAGAUGCUUAGGUGUUUUGCAUAUUUUUACGUCCAUAAAAGAAUAUUGUUAACUGGGUUGGGGCUUGGAACUAGUUUCUUUAUGGUUCUAAUUGUUCAUGUGAUAUUAGCUGCCAUUUCUGGUUUUCUCUGAUAGGUUCCUUAUGCUUUGUUUGCUUUGAUAGUGGUAUGCUUUGAGUGGACAGUAUAGUACCCUAUAGAAAGAAGAACAUUUGCAAUUAAUUUAUUAAGAUUACAGAUUAUUCUUAUUUUGUCUUGGCUUCUUAUUCUGUUUUAUGUGUGUUAUCAUGAAGUUAUAUGAUUAUAUUGAAGAGAUUAAACUGUUCCGUGGUAUUGAUGAUGGAUAGUCAUGUUUGGUAAGGUCAUGGAGAUUUUGUAGAGUAAAUGAGCACGAUUUUAUGGAUCUGCUUGGGAAGGCAAUAGGGAUAUACCAAGUGGUGAAAGCUUGACUUGUCUUGAAUUGUUGGCCAUGGCUAUGUUUCUUUCUUUCUUUUUUGUAAAGAUGCAGAAUUGCCAUGUUAUCUCUGCAUAAAAUAAAUGGUUAAUGGUCUGUCCCAUCUGAUUGCAUCUGUACUUACACUGCGAGAAUAUGGCAAAGCUGUAGGAGUAGUGUUAUGCUUGUUACUCAACAUUAUGCGCAGCCAUUCUAGAGAGCGGAGGUCGUUUUUGUGCAUCAAAUUUGGAGACAGAGCACCACACUUAACAGAAACUUGUAUACUAUAUAUCUGCACACAACAGAAUGUCAGAAUAUGACAGUAUGGCAGAUUAUUUUUAUGAUGUUGGUAGCCUGUGCAGGUGUAUGGUGGGCUUUACACAAGGGAGCCCUAAUCACCAGCUCACUGAUGUCCGUCGCAGCCACUACGCUUGUUGUUGUCAGAUCCUCCUGAUGGCGUCAUUGUGUGGAUUGAUUGCUUGGAAGUUGGAAAAAGAUUGAACAAUGAACGGAUGCUGUUUUAGUUUCGGUGUUGGUACCUUGUUCACCUUCGAACUGCAGUUCGGACGAGGGAGUUUAUGUAUCAUAUUGGCCUUAGCUUCUAUGUGCCCCCUCACUAAUUUAUUAUUGUGAAGUACCAGAACUGGACCUCUUCUUCUUCUGGCGAUCCCAAGUCCUUCAAUUUGUUUGAUAUGGUUUGCUCACUUCUGGGACUGACUGGUUUCUUCACGGCAGUUGUAAUUCUCCCAUAUUUACCACUGCUCUUGGUUUAUACGGAAGACAUCAAGAUGAGAUGCAACACUUCGUCUUAUGAUCAAGGUGUGAACUUUGUCUGUAGUUACGUUCUCUGUAGUUGCAUGCCUGGAAGUUCAUAUGUACCGUGCGAGACCCCUAAUGUGUAUAUUUUUUCCGUAGCGGGCGAACGUGAAUCCCGUUGCCCUAAGCAAUUAUCGUGUAUCGGUUUCACUAUUAUCGUGUACCGGUUUCUUGUGAACGGUUGAGAAGGGUUAUAAAAAUGACACGCUCAAUUAACGUGGUUUUCUCA